AGUAGUUGCCACUCAACAUUUAUUCGGAACCACAACGUCGUUAUAGCAUCGCAAAGCUGUCAAGAUGCUCUCCCGUUCUAUCCUUGCCCGGAAUACCCAAGCUGCCAAGCGCAGCCUCCAUACCUCGACCCAGCUUCGAGCGAAAGAGGGCUUGAACCGUCAUUCUCGGAAUGUCACCCAGGACAAGAGCCAGGGAGCCAGUCAGGCCAUGUUGUUCGCUACCGACGGUGUAGAGUCGGAUGCCGAUUUCCAAAAGGCCAUGGUCGGUGUGGCCAGUGUGUGGUAUGAGGGUAACCCCUGCAACAAGCACAUUCUGGGUCUCGGUCAGCGUAUCAAGAACUCAAUGGCCGGUGCUGGUCUGAUUGGUUACCAGUUCGGAACCGUCGGAGUCUCUGAUGGCAUUUCGAUGGGAACUUUCGGCAUGAGCUACUCUUUGCAAUCGCGAGACCUCAUCGCCGACCAGGUCGAGACCGCCGCCGGAGGUCAUUGGCUCGAUGGUAUGGUUGUCGUCCCCGGAUGCGACAAGAACAUGCCGGGAACUCUCAUGGCUCUCGGUCGACUGAACCGACCUGGUCUCAUGGUCUAUGGAGGUACCAUCAAGCCGGGAGAGUGUGGUGGCGAGAAGCUCGACAUCGUAUCUGCUUUCCAGGCCUACGGGCAAUACCUACAAGACGGCCAGACCGAAGAGGCCGAGAAGAAGCGAUACGACACCAUCAGGAAUGCCUGUCCUGGAGCCGGAGCUUGUGGAGGGAUGUACACCGCCAACACCAUGGCCUCAUCUGCCGAAGCAUUGGGAAUGACCCUCCCCGGAUCCUCUUCUUUCCCCGCCGAAUACCCUGACAAGCUUGCCGAGUGUGAUUCCGUCGGUGCUGCUAUGCGAAACCUUUUGGAGCUAAACCUGAAGCCUAGGGAUAUCAUGACCCGCAAGGCUUUCGAGAACGCCAUGGUCCUGACCAUGGUCCUUGGAGGAUCCACGAACGCCGUGCUCCACUUCCUCGCCAUUGCUCGUUCCGUCGGCGUCGAUCUCACGAUUGACGACUUCCAGAAGGUCUCGGACAGGAUCCCCUUCUUGGCGGACCUCAAGCCCAGUGGAAAGUACGUCAUGGAGGACAUCAACACCAUCGGAGGUAUUCCAAGCGUCAUGGCUUUCUUGAUUAAGGAGGGUCUUAUGACUGGUGAUGAGCUCACCGUCACCGGAAAAACCUUGGGAGAGAACGUCGACAAGUGGAUGGUCGAGCGAGGUCACUCUUGGGAAGGACAGCAGAUCAUUCGACCCCUUAACAACCCGAUCAAGGAGACCGGUCACAUCCGAAUCUUGAAGGGAAACUUGGCCCCUGGCGGAUCCGUCGCCAAGAUCACCGGGAAGGAGGGUCUCAAGUUCUCCGGCAAAUGCCGAGCUUUCGACCAGGAGAGCGACUUUGUCGAGGCUAUCGAGAGCGGGAGCAUCAAGAAGGGCGAGAAGACUGUGGCGGUCUUGAGGUACUUGGGGCCUAAGGGUGGACCAGGUAUGCCUGAGAUGUUGAAGCCUACUUCUCUGAUCAUGGGAGCUGGUUUGGGAUACGACGUUGCCUGUCUUACUGACGGUCGAUUCAGCGGAGGAUCGCACGGUUUCGUCAUCGGACACGUUACUCCUGAAGCCCAGGUUGGAGGUCCCAUCGCCUUGGUUCAGGACGGUGACAUGAUCCACAUCGACGCCGAGGCAAACUCGAUCUCGAUGGAUGUUACCGAUGCCGAGCUCGAACGACGAAGGAAGGACUGGAAGGCACCCCCCCUCAAGGUCACUUCGGGGACCCUCUACAAGUACACCAAGCUCGUCUCGGAUGCCAGUCAGGGUUGUGUCACCGACGCCUAGUCGAGUCCCAAAAAGUCUCAUAUGUGACGACUACUUUCUUGCAACUUCCCAUGAGCCUUACGUUGUAGAUCCAUGACGACACGUAACGAUCGAUAUCAGCUACUUGCCAACUGUCCGAACGAUAUGAAUCUGGUCACGUGAUGAGACGAUCGCUACAUUGAAGUGGAGGUCAAGUACUCGUACGGUCGACCCUUCGAGUGUCGAUCAUAUGAUCAUAAUAUGGUCCACCUCAUGC